AGACGUAUUUACGUCAAAUUCUCCGGAACCAUGGUUCCACUGACAACUUUUUCUUCAGGUGACAAGUUGGAGGCAAGAUUGGGGCAAGGUUGAGACUAGCUCAACAGUAGGAUUUUGUUUUGAAGAUUGAAUGAACUUCCAAAACAUUGUGGUUUUAAUUAAAAUUCACUUAGAUGAUUGAUAAUGUCCAGCAGAAUAAUUAUACCAAUUGUAUCACACCAUCAUCAAAAACCUUUAAACUUUGCUGUGACUUUGUUUAUGCACUGAUUGAAUUAAAAGUAUUACUCAUUAGUUGCACAUAGCAUAAAGUGCAUUUCACAAGUAUAGAGAUGCUCAGAACAUGGAUGGGCAGUUCAGAGGUUAUACUGCAUGCAAGGGUCUUGAGGCUACAUUAAGUGACCCUAAAAAGAAAUAUCCAGAUAAAGUUAAUGCACUGCUAUCAGCAUGGGAACAUGUAACUGCAUUCAUAGCAACAUCAGCUCAUGAGGCUUCAGAAACUUUGAUUGAUUGGGUCCACCGGCACACACUGUACCUAGUUUUACAAGGCGAAUGGCCAAAGUUGUCACCAGCAACUAAGACACAUUUAAGUGUGACUCUGCAACGCUGUGCUAACCUGCUCUCAAACCAUAAUGCAGCUCCAAGGUGCAAAACAUUGAUUGGACUAGUUAAUGACCCCUGGGGUCAUCCAAUUCUACAUCGGAUUUUGAAUGGUGCAGAAGACCUGGAUGAUUCUGAAGUUUUAGAAUUGUGCCAGACUGAGAAAGGAAUUCUUCUUUCAAUGAGAUUGGAAAUGUUGUGUGAGUCCAAGUGUGAAGACUUAGCCCUGAAGCUAGCAGAAGCAAUCCACAAAUGUCUUCAGUCAAGGGAUUCUUGCUACCGAGAGGAGAGUGCAGAGGAACACUUCUUUUAUACGAUAGACAUGUACAUUGCACUCCUCUACAAAUUCAAAAGGAUACAUGAUAUAAUCAAAGAGUUGAAACACUUUGACCUGAAAGAUGGGCUGCUUUUGGUGAGAAGAUAUGCCUUAAAGGAUGGUAAACGGGCUCGUGUAUGGAAAUACAGCGCCAAAGUUGCAGAACUUGCUGCACAAUACUUCUUGACAGUGGCCAUGGUGAAGCCAGUCAGUGAGACUGGGACACUGCUACAGGAUCUCAUGACAGAAUGGGCCCUUCUUCACAGUGAUUUGCCUUCUGUGUCACAGACUUUACCAAAAAUGAUUCGGAAAUUGAUUCAGCCAGCUGAGAGUGCUGUGCAUAUUUAUCUUUUCUGCCAAGUUCUAGUGAAUCAGUUUGGAGAUGCACUGAAGUCUCUCUGCAUUGAGUUAUAUAUCAGGGGACUUACAACUGACAUGAAUGAGCUAGAACAACAGAAGAUGAAAAAUGACAGGGAUAAAGUUCGAGAGGCAGAAGUAAGAUUAUCUGAUGGUUUCUUGAAGCUUGCUGAUUUGGUUAAAGACAAUGUGGGGGUGUGCCGUGAGUGUGUCCUUACUGCAUUCUCUUUAAACCCAACUCGAGUUUGUUAUGAACGAAUUAAGGAAAUGGCUGUUGCGAGUGGGAAGUGUCUUUGUCUUCCUGCUCAGGUGAAUACUGUAGAUGUAGGAGAUCCAAGAAGUGUUAGUGAGGGUAAAUCGCAGAGCAUAGGGACAGAAAAUAUGGACUUAAGUUACAACUGUGUCGGUGGUGAAACUCGGAGUGAUCCGAUCGAGGUCGACACUGGACAAGUGAUGACUGUGGAGUUUGAGCAUCCCGAUGAAGUCGUGUCAUCUCGUACUUCUCAUUGUUCUGAAGAUGAACCGAUUAUUUCUGACUUUCAUUUGCAACAGAAUAGGUGUAACCUCCAUCCUCCAUUUGACCCCAGCAGUGGCGGUGCUCUUGGUGAACUUUGUCCUGAAUGUGGUGAAUUUACUGGAAUAGAAUCCCCUGCUGUGGAUCCAACUGGUGUAGAGAGGAAAGAACGUACACUUGAUGCAUUAAUUUUAAUCAAGGGAAAUACUGUGACCGAAUCUUUGAACUAUGAUGUGCUAUCUGCUCCGAAUCAAGUGCUGGAUGCUGAGACACUAGGAUUGACUCCACAGCUUUGUGAUGACUUGGCAGUUGUACUUAGCAGCCCUCGUUACCAAAUGCUUAGUUGGGUUCUAGACUGGGCAGAGCUUAGUAUAAUGUGUGAGAAAUAUUUGGAGAAUGGUGAGGAAAUGAGAGGCACUACCAAAGAGUUGAAAUUCUUGAAUAUUGAUUACAAUCAGUUCAAGGAUUGGCCGAGUGGUGACGACGAAAAAGAUGAGUAUUAUGGCAUUGAGAAAGGAUAUGAACAGUGGGUCGACCUUCGAAAUGAUACGUAUGAUACGUCGGGAGUGUUGUACGGCCAGGCGUGCAAAAGACGUGCUAGGCCCAUACAGGGGGAUUCUGACUCUGAUACGUCUGUUGCUCCCAGGUCUCGCACCAAAGGAAGGAAAGUGAACAAGUUGGAAUAUUCAGACUCUGACUGUGACUCUAGUCAAAAUACUGAAAGGAUGAAGCACAAGAACUAUAGGCUGCAAUAUUCAUCUGUGUAUGAUUCAGAGAAUGGAACACAAGAUAGUAGGACUGAUAGUCUUGGAAGUGAUGGCUUCAGAGCUGAAAAGCCAACAAAGAAGGAGAAGAAUGGCAGAAAUGAAAAGGCAUCAUCUGGUAAAAGAAUUGACCAGAAAAAAUUGAAAGACAUUUCACAUUUCCAAGUGGUGAUGAAUGAUGAUCUAAGCCAGGGUGAUUUAUCUAGCAGUGAAAUGAUGAAUAUAUUUGCCCGCAUUGGUGAGAAUGGCAAAGAAGUUCCAAAUACACAGUUUCCUUCAGUCCCUAAGCUCAAGUCUGUUCUUAAUCCAGAUAAGCAUUCAAGUAAUCCCUCUGUCCUGAAGUCAUUGAGAAUGUUUAGACCUCACAAUGUAAAGAACAGUCCACGUGAUCACUUAUCACAGAUUUUGCACAAUAGAACAAAGGAGAGUCCACCUGAAAGAGAAGAGAAUGAUUUAUCAUAUACUAAGUUUGCUCCUAUGCUAAGUACUUUGAAUUUAAACCCACGUAUUGUUCUGACUAGGGCAGAUGUUUCACAUCAAGAUCUCAAAUCAAGUAGAUUGUUAGCUGAAGCAAAUAACAGACCAGGAAACCCUCUUUCCCAGAUUACUCCAGAUAUUCUCUCCAGAAAAUCCAUUCAAAGUAAAAGUCUGUUUGAUGUUGAUAGAAAAAAUCAGAUUCCCAUAUCCCAUUCAUUGGUUGGAGAUAUGAAUAGACAUCAAUACAUGAAAAGUGAUCUGUUGGUGAAAAAUGUUCCAGGAUUGAACUCAUUGGACAUGAUAGUACCACCACCUUCAGAAGCUACGGUACAAGUGGUACAGUUGCCUAGAAAUACACCAUCCACAAGCAACAACAGUCGAGGUAAUUCCCAUCACACUCCAAAAGCAACACAUUCACAGAACCUUCAGUCUUCAGGAAACUCAUCAGGUGGGACCUCAGGUCAGGUUUUGGAAUCACCUUCAAAUGUGAGCAACGUAUUGACCCACUCUCAGUCCUCACAAUCAACUUUAAACACAACCAUUGAAAAUCCUCAAGGUCAGGCAGUUAUUUCAGCAUCAUCAGCACAGAGUUCUAGCACAUCCAUACUGCAAGCAAAACCCAUGAAACUGAACUCUCAGUCAGAAGUGAAGUACUUGACAACAACAAGUGAAGUGAAUGAGAUUCUUAGAAGUACACUAGGAGAAGGCAGUGUUCAAGUCCAUAUAGCACAACAACUUCCAUCAUCUACAAGUUUGACAAAAAAGCUGAAUUCAAGGCAAGAAGUAAAAUAUUUGACAUCAUCUAAUGAGGUUACAGAGGUUCUUAGGAAUACUAUUGGUGAAGGUGGCCAGCAGGUUCAAACAGUAUCUGGUUCCUCAUCACAGCACACUGCUUCAGUUUUGGAUUUUGGUUCCCAGAGUAAAACAAAGGUAAAUUCACGAUCAGAUGUCAGGUUUCCAACUGCAGCCAGCGAAGUGAAUGAGGUUAUCCGAAACAAUCCAGCUGUUCCUAAGCCAGUCACAUUAGAAGCAAAUACUUCUACAUGUCCCUCAUUACAGAAUGCUGCUCACCAGACUAAUAAUUCUCAUCAUGUUACUCCUGUAGGUCCAUUUCCAGUUGUAAAAGGAGUGGACUUAAAUGUAAUAGCAAGUAUAAUAUCUUCCAAAAACUGUGCUAAUUCAAUUACUACAUCAUCAGAUAAUCCUGCUUUGACAUCAGAUUCCCAGAUGCUGCAGUUAGUUUGUAAGGGUCGCAAAUUUCAGAUCAAACCCAUCAUCUGUACACAAGCAGGUUCUAGAAGUGUCAUCCCUGAUCAUUCUGAUGCAUCCACCAGUGCUCCAGCAUCUUCACUAUGCACCGAACACCAGCAGCAGCAGCAGCAGCAGCGUGUAUCCACACAUUCCAUGUAUGAGGAGAACUUUGCAGGAUUCUCAACACCCGUGAGGUCGCCAACCAAGGACAGAAGUUUAGCUAGCAGAGGACAGAAACAAAGUUCAUCUCAGACAGCUACUUUACCCAAAUUUCAACAAGCAUUUGGGAAAACAAUAUACAAUAAUCAGGCCAGUACUACAGUGGAUGGAGGUUCUCGUAAUGCUACUGUCAGGGGUAGUGAAGAUGAAAAUGGUUUAACACGUGAAACAGUUCCAUCAGAAACUGCACCACAAGCAUCCUCUGUUUCAAGCACAGUGCUUUCAAAAGCUGUUCAAACAACUAACAUGAGCAAUAUAGUUUCACGUUCCCCUGAUACAGGAGUUAUUCAGACUGAAGUGUCUAGCAGUGUGGAUAUUGGGAUUCCAUCUACACUGCACGUUACCAGCACUGGAUCAGUGUUUAGUAUUUUGCAAGGAUCUCCCAGGAUUGCUGUAUCUGCAGCACUCAGGGCAGGGAUGACUGUGCAAGCCAUACAGACUUCAUCUGGUGUUAUAUACAUGCACCCUGAUACAACUACAUUAGUUAAUUCCAAUGCUGGGGCAGCUCUUGCAAGCACCAUUUCUGCCAGCCGAACAUCAGGUAUCAAACCGUCUCAAGCGUCGGAAAAUGUUCAGCAAUCGCAGCUACCUGAUGUGCUGCCAAGUUCUGUGGCUGUUGCUAUAGCCACGCCAUCUAUUCCUGUCUUGCCCAGAGAUGCAGAGAAAAGGAACAGAAUGCUGGCAGCAGCUUUGCAGAAUCCUCACCAUUCAUCCACAGUGAGCAGCACAGAAAACCAAGCUGCCAAUUCUUCACAGUUGCAGGAACCAGAAGUAUGUGUAGUAGAAAGUUCGUCUGAUGAAGAGGUAAGCAGUGCAAUACCGCAGCAGCAGCAGCAAAUGCUGGUAACAACAGCAGCUGUGCAUAGGGUAAUGCCUGUUCAGAAAACUGUGGCUAGACAAAUUGGUCCAACAACAAGAAAUGUUCGACCAGUGCUGCACAUUCCUGGGGCAGGAAGUCUUAUUGCUCGAUCAGCUAUUGCCAGUGUCGCCGCACCACUGAGGCAGCAGAGUGUGCAAUCAGUCUUGGUGUCUCCAGUAUCCUCUACUUCAAAUUCUAAUGUGAACACCAGGUUAUCACAGAAUGUGGGAGCAUCAGAGACUUUGAUUACGCAUGGUUCAAUUGAGCCUACAGUUAGUUCCACAACACUGGAACAACUGCGGGAAUUUGAAUCAGUUUUAGAACAAGUGACUAACACAUCGCAAAUGAAGGAAAGAAGUACAGUUCAACCUCAGCCACAACACACUAUCCUUACCCAACAGCUUCUCCUGACACAGGCAGCAACUUCAACAACAAACACUGACAUGGAGUUUACAUCUUGUACUGGAAGCCAGUUGACACCCAGUACAUUUUCACAGGAUUUAUUUCCAAUAGUUUCAACAACAGCAGCAACAUCUAGGUUGAAUGUUACAUAUGUGACACAGGCUUCAACAAUACGAACUUCAAGCAUUGUUCCUGUAUCUGCUGUUGCAGGAGGAAAUGUGACAGGAAAGAUGUCAUCUCCAGUGGUGGUAGUAACCAGUAACUGUCAGCCUGUAGCUUCACCUGCAUUGAGUGUAACUUCACAAAGCUCUUCUAGUCCUUGCGUGACUCCUGCACCGUCUGCUACUUCAACUUCUUCUGGGAAGUCACCCCCUAAAUCUUCAAAGUCUUCAAAAUCCAAAUCUGUAAAGUCUGGCACUGCAACAACCACUUCCAAAGCAUCGCCUGUACCAAAGCCACAGCAGAAGCCCCAAGAAGAUGAACAGACUGCUCAAAGGAUUUAUGCAAUUUUAGAUGAAUAUGCAGAACAGUUGCGUAACUCUCCUGACCUCAAUAAUAAACCGGCUCCUCGACGUCGUUCUAACCCUCCUACAAAUGCAAAUCAGUCUUCAAAACGGAAGAAAUCUGCACAAACGAAAAUGAAAAUUUUAGGACAACAGUCUUCCUCAGCCCAAGAAAUGAGUCCUGGAGCAGAUGACCCUCGAACUAUUGGCAGUGAAGACAGUUCAAGUGGGAUCACUCAGCUGUCUCAUAUUCAGGAUUCUCCUGCUCCAUCGUCACAGAAUGCAGAUGAAACUCUUAGUUUGAGGGCCACUCCAUCCAUGGACAUUAGUACUGAGGCUGGGAAUCUCAGAAGUGUUGUGUCAGAUGCAAGUGACCUGCAGGAUGUUUCAAAGCAGCAGGGGCAACAUUCACAAGAACAGAAUUCUCAUUCUCAUGAGCAGGAACAGUCGGAUGGACAGCAAUCACCAAUGCAGUUGCACCAGACAACACAACAUGGACUCUUAUUCACAGAUGGUAGUGGCAUCCAAGGGAGGACAGUGAUAGUGCAGGAAAGUGUACCUAGUUGUGUGGAAGCAACAGGUGUUGGAAAACCUGUUGUGGUAGGAAACUCUGCUGCAGUACCGGCACUGUUUGCAGGAGUCCGUCAGGUGAUUGUGCCUGUGGCACCUGGUUUAACAGCACGGCCUGUUGUGGUGUCAUCCAAAGGUUCUAAAGUGAUACGUGUUCACCAAGUGACAGUACCUGGUGGUUCAUUGCAGGUGGCAUCAGGAAUGAGUGCGAUGCAGGGGACUGCAUUGGUAGUGCGACAGAUCAACAAAUCUGGAAUUGCAGCUCCAGUUUCUGUUCUUGGACAGCCUGCUACAGUGAAACAGGUGAAAUUGCCUGUAGGUAGUAUAUCUUCACAGGCAAUAAGUGGUGUGACUGCUCAGCCUCCAGUAGUGUUGCCACCAGGAAGUCAUCACCUGUCUGGUCAGGUUGGCAGUGUAGUUACUUCAACAAUAGCUCAAGCACUUUCUUUUCCAGAAUCUGGCAUAGAAAAUGUUCUGCAGGAUGGUACAAUUAGAACAGAAUCUUCAAAUAUCAUUAGUUCUGGUGAAACAUUACUUUUUAAUGCUGGUACAACUUCACAGGCAAUUGGUUUGAUACGGAGGGGAAUACCUACGUCAUUUCAUGAUAGAAUUGCUACAUCUGUAGGUGGUGUCAUGUCAACCAGUACAUCGGUCACUAUACCAACAUCAGUUGCAGUAGAUAGGUUAACAUAUCCAAAUGUCAGACAAAUUUCUUCAGUUAGUCUUGAGUCUAAUGUUGUCACUUUGAACUCACCAAAUUCUAGCAACAUCACAUCCAACGUGAUAGAACAGUUAAGCACUAACAACGAAUCUUCCCCAGCAUGUGAUCGUGAGUUACCAGCUGGGACAAUUUCCGAGUGUAGAACAGAAACUAAUCCCACAACUCUGUCCCAUGAAACAAGUAUUCAGUGUCUUGGCUUUGGCGUUGAUAUUGUGACACAGAAUUCUUUAGGAAAUACUAGUUACCAUAACAGACUUGUGAAAGAUAUAGGAAAUGAUGUACCUCAUAUAGCAAAGUCUGGUACAGAAAGUUGCACUGUACCGUCUGAAGGCUUGGAAGGUAGAGACGAUAAUUUAUCAGUUUCGACUUCCUGUAUCAAGACUGAAUCUGGGGAAGCGGGUGGAAGUUCAGUUGGAAGGUUAGAACCUAAUGUGAAGGCUGAGUCAGUGAAGAUGUCUGAUUGUGGCACAACUUCCUUAGAUCAGCAUGGUCACUCUUACCAUUCAAAUUCUAUAUGUCAAACUCCUCAGUCUCAGCUCCAUCAUGCAACAAGUGCAACUGAUCAGGGUGGUGAUGCAGUAUUACUUCAAACUACAGGAACUAAUGCUGGAUGUACAAAUUUUGUUGCUUCAGAUGCUCUGAAUGAGGAAUUGUUUCUGCAAGACAGAACUGCAGGAUCUUCAAAAGAAGUUACCAUGUGCAUGGAGACAGGUAGUCAUGAUGGUACAACAGUGUCCAGGUCUUCCCAUCUUCAUUUAAUGGAAAGUGGCCUGCAGAAAGCAAAGGAGGGGGAUGUACCUGAGAACAGUGACAGCAGCAGUAGCAGCAGCAGCAGCAGCAGUAACAGUAACAGUAACAGUAGCUCUUCUAGUGAUGCCAUAAAUGUGGCCAACAGUUGCAGCAAGGUUCCUGGCAUUUGCAAGCAACGAGAAAGCAGUUCAAUUUGCCAGACUUCUAGUGUGGAAGGUGCAAGCCAGAUGAUACCAAAAACAGGAUUAUUGUGCAGAACAAACACAACACAGACACUUCAGUUUGCAGCUGGAACAGAGAGUGCCACAGAAGUGGGAACAUACCAUGCUUCAUCCAAGUUAUCAAACCGUCUGGAGUACAUCAAUGACAUAGGAUAUCGGUUGUCAACAAAGAUGACACCAGAGAGCCAGGAUUCACCUUGGCGUUAUAUGCCAGUGGUGAAGCGGGUACGGGUAGCCAUUCAGCCAGUAGUGGUACAGAAGGAUGAAUCAGACAUGACGACAGAACAAGUGGGAAGUUCUCUUCACCUGGCAGAUAGGGAUGGAUCUUCUGAGGCUGAGGAUGUUUCACAAGAUAGACGCUCAUUCUUAUCAGAUACCAAGUUUGUGCCUGCGGGCAGGAAAACUAGUAUAGCUGCAAAUUCUCUGCAUGUUAAUCCCAAUACAAUUCACACAUAUCGUAAAACAGAGAGUGAAACAGAAGAAAAGCGACGAAUAGAAAAAUUGGAACGUAUAGAAAUGCACCAAAAAAUGGCAAGACUUGAGAGGGAACUAAGGUUGCAGAAAAGUUUGUCUGAAGAAUGUGAGGAUCUUGGUGUGGAUGAACCCAGCACCAGUGAACUUUUCCCUGAAGCUGACCUUUUGCUUGAUCCAAAUUCAUCACCUAGUUUUGAACAAACAAUGCAAGAUACUUCUUGUAAUCAGGCUGUGGAAACAACAGAACCAUAUACAGGUUCAAGUUUCAGGCAUGAAUAUUCAUCAAGUAGCCAGGAAGGAUCUCAUGGAAAUCCUUGUGUGGAUAAUCAGGUUAGUGAGGAUUUAGAAAGUAGGCGUGAAACCAGGUCUUUUGGUUCCAAAAAGUCGUAUAGUGAUUGGAAAUCUCGUUUGACAGGUAAAGAGCGGAGCAGAUAUAACACAGCUGUUAAUGUUGUGCAAAGUCAGAAGUUAAAUGCCCAGAUGAAUGUGGUGAAAGGUAAUUUAUCAGGCCAAAGUUGUUCUCUAAAUAAUUGCUUGAAGAGUGCAUCACAGAGCUGCUCUUCUGUGGAAGACUCAAUGAAUACAAGUUCCAAAUGUGAUGAUGCCAGUGAGGGUGUUGUCAGCAGUAUAGUCCUUGAUUCAUCCAAUGAGCACACUGAAGAGUCUGAAUCUGGCAAAUGUAAUAGGAAUGAAGAAGCAUUAAUUGGUGACCAAGAGACUUCUUUGCCUGAGAAAAGCAUUUUAGCAAGGACUCUGAGUAUUCCACCAAGAACUGUGGUAGCACACAUGGACACUGUAAUAGAAGAAUCACAGGAUAGUGGUCCAAAGCAGGUUCUGGCUGGAAAUACAACCAUUCCAAGUGGAUCAAAUGUUGAACCUAAAGUAGACUUACCUGUUACUAAUUUAAGUGAAGAUAGUGUGACUUUGGAUUCUUUUUCCACAAGAAUGGUAGCUUCCUCAUUGGAUGUAACCAUUCCUUCUCCAGUCCCAACAACAUUGUCUUUGAUACAGCAUUCCCACCUUCUAGAAACUUCUGGUACAAGAGAUCCAUUACCAUCACUUACUGCUGCUCAAAAAUUUGCAUACACUUAUGCUAAGAAGCCUUUUACCAGUCGGCAGGAUGUUGGCCGAGCCAUUAAACGAGCACGACUCAACAGACCCAACCAGUAUUUUAAUGAUCAUGUAGAUUCCCAAGAGACGUGGGACUCUUCAAGUUCACAGGAUAAAAUUGGUGCAGAUGAUGAAGAUUUUGAUGAAAUGAGUCCCUCAUCUCAGAUGUCUUCUCAACUAGAUGAUGGGGCCACCACCGAUGUGGAAGUGGUUGAGAUCAGUAAUGAUGGGUCAUCAUCUUCAGCACUUGCAUCUGUUCAUUCUUCAGCAUUCCCAUUGCUUCCUACUGUUCUUAACAAAGUUCCAGUUUCAGAUUCCCAGAAUACUGAUGUGACCUUGAAAUUGUCUAGCACUAAUGGCAUGGAUUCAACUGAUAGAAGUCCAACGAAUUCUGAAAAAAUACUUCCAAAUAAAAAGAAUCGUCCAGUCAAGAGGGUUUUUACUGAAGGAGGAACAGACAAGGAUUUUAUAGAAUCUAAUGCAAAGAGUGGGAGGAUCAGAGAAGGACAUAGAUUUGAUCGGAGGGAUUUGUUACGCGAUAAAAGAUUCAGGGACGUUCCUUCCCUCUCCAAAAUAAAUGUGCCAACAAAGGAGUCAACAGUUGUGUCCCCUUCUGUUGAUAUUAAUUGCAGAAGGCAGCAAGGAUUACAUACAAAGCUGCAGGGAGGGAGAGAAGGUGGUGAGGAUGCGAGUGUAGAUCCCUUUACUCUUCUGCUAACCCCAGCUUCAAUGGCAGAAACGGAUACAAUGCCUGUCCCAGAUGAGGAACAUCUUGUUUCAAAGGUGCGUUUGGAAGAUAAAGGUGAUUGCCCCAGUGGAGGAACAUGUGAAACACAUACAAAACCCACAAGAUCUUCAAGGAGACGUGGUCAUAUCAGGAAGUGCCAGUGUUGCAAUGGAUCACCAGAACGACCAAAGAAGAAGAAACAUGUUGUAAGGGUUGAGAAAUCUGUUAAGAAAGGUCAACCCCCUAAGCAGAUUGGCAAAGUGAGUGCAGCAAAGAAGAGGUAGUGGUUUUCCAUUUUUCUGUUUAUGUAUUAGAUGCUAAUGCAUAUUUUAGUGUGAACCCAUAAGUACACAGUGCUACUUUAAAUUGCCAAAGUUAUGAGACAGGUUUCAGGGUGGAUGGUCUGCUGUAUGAAGAUACAUGUGGUUAGAUACCUCAGUUAAAAUCUAGUCAAAACAUUCAGUUUCAGCUGAGGUACAGAUUAACUACACUUUAGUACAAAAUAUAUAUGUAUAUAUACAUACAUACUUAUGUGUGUGUAUACAUGUAUAUAUGUAUACAUAUAAAAUAUAAAUUAAACAUAGUGUGGAUGCCAGUCCCUUGUAAUAAAAUGAUUUCAGUCUUUCAGUAAGCAUUUUAUUGUGUAAAAUAUAAUAUUGAAACUGACUAUUAGUCCAGUGGCAUAGUAACAAUUUUAACAGUUCUUGUGGUAGUUUAACUUUCAAAGAGCAGUGUCACUUAAAUAGCUUGCUCCUUUCUAAACACAUGAAAAGGAAAAGUAGAAUCAGAAAUUGGCACUCACGCUGUUUCAAAAACUCACAAUUUAAGUUGCAUAUAUGGCCUUCAUGUAGAAAUUUGUGGUAAUUCAUUUUGGCUACCUUAUUAAUUUAGAACUUAGAUCAUCUUCAGCUUAUGGCUGAACUGUGUUUGUUGGGUGCAGUAAGGAAGGUUGUACUUACAACUUGAAAUACACCCCAAUCAACAGGGAGCUCUGCUAUUAGUGCAUAUGACUCAAUUCAACAACUGUGUGAUGUGUUUGUUUAUGAGAAUGCCAUGUUCAUUGAAAGUCCAUUAUAGAAUGGAUUCUGUGAACUGGUUAUUGAAUUUAAAAAUUAUUUAAUUCACCAAGCAAGAGAUUUUGAUUACCAUCACAGUUUACAAAUGGUGUGCCAGGUUGACUACUGAAUGAGGAAGUAGAAAAGUAGAAAGUGAUACUUUCUGGCUGUAUUAUGAAAGUAAGCUCUUGGAAAUGACAGUGUAUUGAAUAUAAUACUGUUUCUGUGUGUUGGCUAAAUACAUGUGUAUUGUUGGGUUCUAUUUCUGCAUAUGAAUAUCCUUGAUCCAGAUAUUGGGUUAAGAUAUUCAAACUCUUGCCUAACAUCCAGUAUGUAACCUUAUUUAUGUAUGAAGUCUACACUGGUCUGGUCUGUCCCACUAUGAAAUGAUUUUUGGGUCUAGCUUUACUGGGCAUGGUAACUGACAGUCGAGUACAAUAGAUUUUAUGCUAAAGAAGAAUAACUUUUAUUUAAUUUUGAGAAAAGAUUAUAAUUCAAGUCAAGACAGUCCAGACAAUUCUGUUGUGAGUAGGAAUAUUUUCAUGUAAAUAUAAAUUGAAAUGUCCUUUUUAUGUGCAGAAAGUGAUGAGUAUGUAAACAUAUUUUUUAGUACAAGAGUGUUAAAGUAAGUGCAUUGAAGCACACCAUGUCUUUCUUGAUAUUGUAUGUGAUGACUGUGCUUGGACUUCUUGAAUGCUGAAUUUUUAUCAUUGAUGAUGGAUUUGCUGAUGCCACAGCCCUACUCACAAGAAGUAUAAAUAUGUAUAAUUUUUGUAUUUAUGUGUUGUAUAUGAUGGAAGUAUUAAUUUAAUUUGAUAGUACCAAUGCUUUACUGUCAUAAAUAAUUUAUAACUAAUAUAAUUUUUGGGCAUGUUUUAGUGAUAUUACUUCCUAAUGAUUUCUUUCAAAAGUAAUUUACAAUGAAAUGGCUAAAUUUAUCCUAAAUAUUUUAUUUGUUGACAUAUUUAAUGGAAGUCUUUAUUUGUUGAUUUUUAAUUAAUAUGAACAUGUUGAUACUUCAUUAUCAUAACGAAUAAAUAUCUGUAAAAUUUUGUACAUAUACUGCAUCCCUAUAAGGAAUUAAAUGUGUCUGUUGUAUAUUA